AUCACCUUUCAUUAAAGGCUUAAUGACACGUGCAGGAGGGUGACCUAGAAAACAGAUGUUAUAACUCCCACGUGUGCAUCGGUUACAACAAACCACCGGGGAACCGUUUCUUUCGUUCAUCAGCUCGAGUCGCAGUUCAGAUUUGUUUCUGGAAGUUUGAUAUCAUUAUAAAAUGAGGGUGAUAUUAGUGUUGGGUUUGGCGACGGCGCUGCAGAUGUUCUGCCUUUUUGCAGUGGACGCUGCCAUGCGCCCCGUCGAUCCCGUAGUUCUGAGGGAGGAGGAACCAGGUUGGGAGAUGACGGAAGCAGAGGUUGAGGACGAACGCCAGUCGACUGCCGAGGAUAUCCGAGACGCCAUAAUCGACAUGCUGGAAAAUGUCAGACUCGGCAUGGCGACCGGUUGGCCCGACCUCAGCAUCCCGCCUCUCGACCCGCUCGCCUUCAGUAAUUUCCCUUACAACGUAACCUGGGACGUCAACACGGUGUAUGGGAACUUUCUGGAAUCCGAACUGGUCUACCUUUCACAGUUCAAGACGACGCAAGUACUCGUGCAACUACAGUUUGAACUGUACAUUAACUUGGCUCUGGAAUUAGAACAUCUGGAGCUCCACGGAACGUACGACAUGGACGGACACGCGCUUGGUCUGGACGUAUUCGGAGACGGCGACUACCACAUCACCCUGAACGACGUGCGCAUCGCCAUCUACCUUCGCGCCGGCAUCGGGGACUGGGGACGCCACUUCCAAGUCAAGGAGAUCACGUCCGACUUCAUGCUGCAUGACGCUGACGUGAGAUUCGAGCACCUGUUGGGCGGUGGCAUCACAGGCAGUCUGGUAAACGAAGCACUGAGUCAGGAGCUUCCGGCGGUGCUUGGGGUACUUGAGAACCUCGUGCUGCCUCCUCUGAUGGACGUCAUCAAGCAAGAAAUUAACGAAUACCUCAAGCAAUUUCCUCUUCUCCCCAAUUUUAACAUCACCAGGAUUUCGGAUGACUAAAUCUGGUCGAUUUCCUUAUUAAAUAAAAGACUGGCGAAAC